AGUUUUUCAGAAUUAGCGGAUUGGCGACAAUGCGUAUACGAGCCUGAUCGAGUGAAAAAAGACUGCGGGAACGCAGGGCGAGUGGUUAUUGCUGACUUUAGAUGCUGUUAGAAAUUACUUCGUUUUCGUUAUACAUCGAAUGAAACAUCGUUUCAAGAUGCCAAACAUAAAGUUACAAAGCUCCGAUGGAGAGGUCUUCGAAGUGGACGUGGACAUUGCAAAGUGCUCCGUGACCAUCAAGACCAUGUUAGAAGACUUGGGUAUGGACGAAGACGAGGAAGAAAUUGUGCCAUUGCCCAAUGUAAACUCUACCAUCCUGAGGAAGGUAAUUCAAUGGGCGACGUACCAUAAAGACGAUCCUCCUCCACCGGAAGACGACGAGAACAAAGAAAAACGCACCGAUGACAUCAGUUCAUGGGAUGCGGAUUUCUUGAAGGUCGAUCAAGGAACAUUGUUCGAACUGAUUUUGGCAGCAAAUUAUCUUGACAUCAAGGGACUGUUAGACGUUACGUGCAAGACCGUCGCUAACAUGAUCAAAGGCAAAACUCCAGAAGAAACCCGCAAGACAUUUAAUAUAAAGAAUGACUUUACAGCCGCCGAAGAAGAGCAAGUACGUAGGGAGAACGAGUGGUGCGAAGAAAAAUAGAAAAAUUACUUUAGAUACUCCAUGACACACAAAAAUUGAUCCGUCAGUGUUUCAUCGGUCCUGGGCUCGACUUUAUUAGGUAGUUUUGAUCUUCAUAAGUCCAUGGCAAACCUGUAGCUGCCGCUGUUAUUCUCAGCACCAGAUUGUAAGUCACGGUUAUCAUUCAAUAAAAGUUUUAAUUCGAUCCAACAUUUCUAAUGGAA